AUGAUGCAUAAGACAGUAGAACAAGUGAAAUUACUAGAUAGGUUCAGCACAAGCAAUAAGUCACUGACGGGAACUCUGUACCUUACAGCAACUCAUCUGUUAUUCAUAGAUUCAAGCCAGAGAGAAACAUGGAUACUACAUCAUCACAUUGCUGCAGUGGAAAAACUUCCCUUGACCACCUCUGGCUGCCCCCUCGUCAUCCAGUGCAAGAACUUCAGGAUAGUUCACUUUGUUGUUCCCAGAGAAAGAGAUUGUCAUGACAUAUAUAACUCUUUGCUUCAGCUCUCAAGAACAGCAAAAUAUGAAGAACUUUAUGCCUUCUCCUACAAUCCAAAACAGAAUGAAUCUGAGCAAGUCAAAGGUUGGCAGCUUAUUGAUCUAGCAGAGGAAUAUAAGAGAAUGGGAGUGCCAAAUACUAACUGGCAGUUGUCUGAUGCAAAUCGUGAUUAUAAGAUUUGUGAAACCUAUCCCAGAGAGCUUUAUGUUCCCAGAACUGCAAGCAAACCCAUAAUUGUUGGCAGCUCCAAGUUCAGAAGCAAAGGAAGAUUCCCAGUGUUGUCUUAUUAUCAUAAAAAUAAAGAGGCUGCAAUUUGCAGAUGCAGUCAACCUCUCUCAGGAUUCAGUGCCCGGUGCCUGGAAGAUGAACACAUGUUGCAAGCCAUCAGUAAAGCAAAUCCUUCAAAUCGCUACAUGUAUGUCAUGGACACCAGGCCAAAGCUUAAUGCAAUGGCAAACAGAGCUGCUGGGAAGGGCUAUGAGAAUGAAGACAACUACUCUAACAUUAGGUUCCAGUUUGUUGGCAUUGAAAAUAUUCAUGUAAUGAGAUCCAGCUUACAAAAACUUCUGGAAGUUAGUGGCACGAAGGGUUUGUCUGUAAAUGACUUUUUGUCUGGUUUGGAGAAUUCAGGAUGGUUGCGUCAUAUCAAAGCUGUGUUGGAUGCUGCUGUCUUCCUAGUCAAGGCAAUAGCAGUUGAGAGUGCAAGCGUAUUGGUGCACUGCUCAGAUGGCUGGGAUAGGACUUCCCAAGUUUGUUCUCUUGGAGCUCUCUUACUGGAUUCUUAUUACAGAACAAUCAAAGGAUUCAUGGUCUUGAUAGAGAAAGACUGGAUCUCUUUUGGGCACAAAUUCUCUGACAGGUGUGGUCAGUUGGAUGGUGAUCCUAAAGAGAUCUCACCAGUGUUCACUCAGUUUCUAGAAAGUGUAUGGAAUCUGACUGAGCAGUUUCCACAAGCCUUUGAGUACAAUGAAGCUUUCCUCCUUCAGAUCCAUGAACAUGUCCAUUCAUGCCAGUUUGGUAACUUCCUUGGAAACUGCCAAAAAGAGAGAGAAGAGCUGAAAUUAAAAGAGAAGACAUAUUCCUUGUGGUCAUUCCUUCUGGAUGAACAAAAAAAAUACCAGAAUCCUCUGUAUAAUCCAGACUUUUCUCCGGAACUAACUCUUUUGGAGCCUAAUACAGUGUCAUUCAAUUUUAAGUUUUGGAGAAAUAUGUACCAUCAGUUUGAUCGAAGUAUGCAUCCCAGGCAGUCUGUGCUCAAUCUCAUCAUGAACAUGAGUGAACAAAAUAAACAACUAGAGGAAGACAUUAAAGAACUGGAAGCUAAAAUAAAGCAGAGAAACGGGCAGUCAGAUGAAGUGCUGGUGAAGGAACAUCAGCAGUCUGUGCAUCCUGCACCCACGGCACUGAAGACCCCUCCUUGCUUCAAGAAAGAGCAGCCACUGCUCCCUGUGAGUGAUGCUGUGAGAACUAUAGAGGGCAGCAACACAGCGGACAAUCGCUACAGUGAAUUCGUGGAAGAGUUCUCGAAAGCUGAGCCUGCUGUUGUCAGCUUGGAGUUUGGAGUGGCCAGGAUGACCUGCUAA